UGAGUAGUUCACGUAGUCUAUGAAUAUAUUGCCUUUUCCAUCCCAUCGGUUGGGGUUCUUUUACCAAAAAAAAAAAAACUCUCUCUCUCUGCGUUCGAUUCCCACACCGUCCCCUUCGUUCGCCCUCCCUCCGUCGUCAUCGUCUCUGAGACUCUGCAACUGCGGCAGCGGUGUGCGACGGUCGACUUCUAGAGCCGACGAUCUCUUCGCUUGAAAAAGGUCAAGAUGGUGUACAUUAGCUCUUGGGAUGAAUUCGUGGAGAGAUCCAUACAGUUGUUUUGUGCGGAUCCUCAAUCUUCAAGGUAUGUUAUGAAGUAUAGGCAUUGCGAUGGGAAAUUGGUUCUCAAGGUCACUGAUAAUCGAGAGUGUCUCAAGUUCAAGACAGAUCAGGCACAGGAUGCAAAGAAGAUGGAGAAGCUCAACAACAUUUUCUUUACCCUAAUGGCUCGGGGUCCUGAUGCGGAUAUAACCGAAGUAUCAGGAAAAGAACAGGCAGAAGUGCAGCCAAGCAAGAAAGGAAGGGGAAGGAAACAGUAGUAAGUGCUGGAUAUAGAAGAAUCUAGGUUUGAAAAAAUACUUGGAGGUUGGAGAGAUAUUUCAUGCAUAUCUCUGUUGAGCCACUAGAUGCAGUCAAGAAUUGACCAAUUUUUUUUUUUUUUUGGCGUACACUUACAUAGGGUUUUUUCAGUUCCAAAUCAAAUCAUUCUCAUACUGGAAUGUAAAGAAGUGAAUCUUCAUGAUCAUCAAUGAGCAAUUUUUGGUUUUUUUC